UGCUCUUAGUCUGGUGGGAAGGUCCAAAAUUACGGUGUCUGUUAGCUGUUGAGGUUACUGUUAACAUGCAAGGUCUAUGCUUUUAUUGCUGAGGUUGUUGUUUAUUUGUAGAGGUUAGGCUUUGGUUGUUAAGGUUAGGUUUUGGUUGAUAAGGUUGUGGGGUUGUUGUUAAGGUUGUUGGUUACUGCCUUUAUUGUUAAGGUUGUUGUUUAGUUGUUGAGGUUAGGCUUUGGUUGUUAAGGUUAGGUUUUUGUUGUUAAGGUUAUGUGGUUGCUGUUAAGGUUGUUGGUUUACCCGCAAAGUUUACAGCAUAGCUGUUAUGUUUACUGAUUAUACUCAAAAAUGCUCUCGUCUUGUGUUUUUGUUUUGUAGAAAAAGGGCAAAGCCAGCUAUUACGUUGCGGCCCACCGCCAGCUUCGGUGCCUAUCACGACUUCAUGCAGAAUUUGGUGACGCGUAUGGGGCCAAGGCAUUUUGCGGCCUACGAAGAUAGUGUAUUCAGACACUACGUCCAAUUUGGCCCACCUGGCGUCGAUCUUCCCACCUUUGAGCACAUUUUGAGUCAGUGGGACAAGAAGAGCAAAAAAUUCGUCUUCACCGAUAGGAAUGAUGGAGAAGAGAUCCCAUGCUCAUUCAACCUUGAGUGGGUAAUGGAGCAUACAUGGUUCUCCAAUGAGGGGCUUCAUGUUGACCACAAUCGGGACAGGAAAAAUAGGAUUUGGUCCAGGUUCUUUGACAAACCCGAGGCGGGGGGUUCCAGCAGUAUAGCUCCCCCCAAAGGAGGCCCCACCAGACGCAAUGUGGAGGACCUGCUCUUGAAGCUGGUACUAUCUUCUGAUCGCCGAGAUGUGAAGGACUUUGUCCUGCUACAGAUCCUCUAUCAGCUGAGCAUGAUUUGGUGUCCAAGCAGUAUUUCCGGCGUUCCUAGGCAUUUAUUCAAGUACGUCGACAGCAUUGAACAGGUCAACAACACUGCUUGGGGGACCUAUAUAUUCAGUGAGACAUCUGACGCGAUAGAGAGGGCACUGAAGGGUCCUGAGCCAGGGAAGACGACAUUAUAUCUGCAAGGGUGUACCCCUCUAGUUUGUUUGUGGUAUUAUGAACUCACCGGCAUCAAGAAGCCAGCACUUGGUUGUACGGUGAGGCCUCCCCUGACAAAUUGGGUGAGACUUGGGCACGUUGCUGGUUCUUUGAGAUUGGCCACUGUUGUUGCGAAAGCAAGCAAAGCUACGAUAAAGCUUCCACAGCAACAUGGACAACUUCAAAGAAUCGAGGGAGGUUUUUGGGGGAAGGAGCAGGGGAUAGAGAAAGAGAAGAGGAGAGAGAGAGAGAGAGAAGAGGAGGAUUAAGGGUCCGGCUGCAGUAGACGCCGGCAGGGCUCGUGGCCCAAGAGACCUUCUUCACAAGAAGAAGAGGAGAGCAGAAGAUGACGACAUCCCAAUUGAUGCACUUGCUAUUGAUGAAGACGCCGAGCAGCCAAAUGA